GACGGAGAGUUUGUUGUGGAGGCCGUUAUGAGCGAGGGGAAAGUCGUCGGUGAGAUGAGUCUUACCUACAGUUUGCCGCGCCGCAGAUCAGUCCGAGCGAGGAAGCACACAGACAUCUUUGCUCUGAACAGAAGGGAUCUCAUGGAUCUAUUGGAAGAUUUCCCAACGGUAAAACGAGAGAUCGAACAACGCUCCAUCAUCAUGUUCGGACACCUGGGUGCUCCACGUCUUAAAGAUAAGGAGCGUCGCUCUAGCGGCUCCCUCUCAGCACGCAAGUCGUCUGGUCUGAUGCCGGUAAACUCUAGCGCGCAAGCGAUCAACCGAGCAAGAUCUCCAGGGGCGAAUGCUAAACACACCCUGGACAUGGCGCUAGGAAUGUAAAUAUUAGGAACGAGACUGUUCAAAUGGCAUAGAAUGUCAUGCUAAUAUAAUUGACACCGUGGUCUGUUUUGCAUUGAUGGUACAGGGGACACGCGUUGCUCCUUGAUUGUGUGUAAUGUGUUCAUUCAGAAGUCAACUUAGCCUAUCUCAAACAACCCAAUAUUUAGACUCAACGUUUGGCAUCCUAACUUUUCGUCGACUCUGUAUCGUAUUCUUAUCUAUUUUGAUCUCAAAGGAAAGCAUAAAAGUUCUGAAUUUCGGUGUUAACAUGCCUCAUGAGGAUAUGUCAGACUAUACUCAAGAUAACGUUGUACAUCA